CUCCGUGUGCAGCAGAAAUCGGGGUGUUGAGCUGUCUGUGGGACAAGCAAGGCAUGUCUCUGACACACACUGCAUGCAUUUUGUGCCUGGUUUUCCUGUUCGGAUUUUUUGUUUCUUUUAGAAAGUCUUUCUGGUGCACAGUCGGUGUUUUAGAUUUGGGAACUUUGUCUUGGGGGUAGCCUAACUGUUUCAUCAGCCAUGUCCAGACCAGAGUGUGGAUCCUGUAGAAGUAGUAGUAAGCAUGGCAAACUGUUGAAGUGUUUGCACGCAUUGUGUGUGGAGUGUUUGGAAAAAUACAUCAGUGGCAAGGGCUCUGUGGGUUGUCCUGAAUGUGGAACAACCACUCCAGCACCACAGAGAGGUGUUCCCUUGCUGCAGUACCUGCCAAAUAGUGAUGUUUCCAGUGAUGGAAAUGAGGCUACUGCUAGCACACAGUCCAGAAAGUUGUGUGAUGAAUGUGCUGAGGAUACUAGAGCAGUGGCUGUUUGUAUGGACUGCGGUGACAGUCUCUGUGCCAUGCAUGCCGAAGCACAUCCUGCAUCUCGCCGGACUUACAAGCACAAGGUUGUGCCACUCAGUGAGGCCGUGGAACAUACAGGUGAUAGAACAUUAGCCAGCCAGCACAAAUGCUCAUUCCACCCCUCGUUUGUACAGUGUUCGUAUUGCUUGAGUUGUGAGCAGCUAGUGUGUAAGCAAUGUGUAAGCAGUGGUGAUCAUGCUGCUCACAAUGUGCAGACUGUCACUGAUGCAUCUUCUAGCAUUCGCCAGUCCUUGAAAUCCAAGCUGACUAACACAUCAUGUGGAAGUGGCAGUGUUUUUGACGAGUCGAUCAAGAAGUCUGAAGCGGCACUGAGUGGACUCCGGGAUGAAACAGAAACUGUGUCCUCUCGUAUCAACGAUGUUCUUGGUGGGCUGAAGAAAUCGAUUGAAAAACGUCAACAGGAGCUUCUGGAUGAGGUGGAUCGACUGCAGUUGUCACAUCUUCUUCCCCUUGAAGAGCAGAAGCGGCAGGUACUUGCUGGUGCCUCGUAUAGCAAGAAAGUUCAACAUCUGGCAGAGAACUGCAAUGAGGAUGUGAAUUUCUUGAAGAUGAGUAGAUGGCUGGAGGACGCAGCGAAGAAUGCUGUGAGUGCGUCCGAGAGAGAUGUGACUGUGUUUGCUCCGGGAACUCUAUCGUUUUCACCAUACCACGUUGAGGAGCUGACUGCAGCCAUUGCCAGAACUGGUGUGGUGAGUGACAUUGGUAUGCUGUCAUCGGAGAAGAGUAGCAUGACUACUGCAGCCAGUGUUGAGGAGGGAGACGACCUUACCGUGAUCAUUGAGCCGAGGAACGCCCACGGUGAUAGUCUGGCUGUGACGGAGGCACAUUUGUCUGGUGUUCACGUUGAAGUAACAUCUGCGGACAACACCACCGACACCAUUCAGCCUAUGCUGAUGCCCGACAGUAGUCCUAAUGAAGGCACUAACAUGAUUGCAACGUACAAGACGACCGGAAAGAAGGGUUCAGUGCAGGUAUCAGCCAUGAUUGGAGAUCACCAUGUAGCUGGAAGUCCUGCAAUGGUUACCAUCGUGGAUCCGCGACCACAGUUUGAUCCCAACCAAUGCCAUGCUGAUCUUGCACUGUCAAACAACAACCGUACGGUUACUCGUGGAGCGACUUCUACCGGGAACUGGAGAGUCCACGACUAGACACAUAUCAAAGAGGAAUUACCACAUCGUUUGGAUGGUACAGCCACACCACAAGUGAUUCUGGUAACUGGACAGGCAGUGCACUGGGUCAACCAUGGAGAGCCGGUGAUAUCAUUCGC